AUGUCUCGUGGCCGAUCUCCAAGCUCUGAGGGAGUAUACAAGAUUGUUGAUGUUACAGUGCCCGUAGGGAGCAGCAAAACCGGCAUCAUCGAGUCUAGCACAAGUACUCCAGCUCAAAACCAACAGAGUACGCGUGGGCAAGACACGAUUAGGGACGAUUGGAUAAAGAGUAGAUUGCUGCGAAGCAGAAGUGGAGACAAGCAUGGGUAUCACUAUUCGGAAGGAAAAGGUCAUAAAGUAGGGGAAAGGCUGUUACAGGUGGAGCGCGAAGAGUUGGCAAGAAUUGUUGGCGAGACCCAAGCUUAG